AUGGCUCCACCGAAAAAGAAAAAGCGUUUGUCAAAGGCAGAGUGGAAAAAACUUAGAAAGCAAAGAGGAGCGAAAUCGGCGGAAGUUAGGGGACUUGGAGAAGGUAGUCGUAAAAAAUUUACUCUUCCUGCGAAGUGGAGGCAAUUGGUUUUUACAAAUGGCGGACGCAAGCGCGUUGAGUUUGAAAGCCCUGGGAAGACCAUUUAUAAAACACAAAAAGAGGUUGAGAAAACUCUGGUCAAAAGAAAUAUGAAGGAAUGCCUGGAUGACCGCUCAUCUACAGAAGAGUCGAUUCCGCAAGAUGAGUCAAGCGAGUGGGAAUGUGAGCCGGCUGAUGACGAAAAAGGAGUGCAGAAGCUCAGCAAAACUCUCACAUCUGAUGACACCGAAACAAAUAGCCUUGAGCGGAGAUUUUUCGUGUGCGAGUCCACACAACUGAUGGAUUUAGUUCAUCAAGUGAACAAGACAUCACAAUGCUCUACAAAAGACUGCAAUGGUAAGCGACUAUAUUCUGCGAACUAAAUUUGUUUGUUUCGGCUUUUACUUUUUAUUUUAUUUUUCACUCAUGGCUAACAGCAUAGAAACCACAUUGUUCUCCUGGUUUCGUAAUAAAUUAUUUUCUUCCCGUGGUAUGUGUUUGAUAAGUGAAAUGGAAAUGAACAAGUAGGUAUAAAAUAAAACGUAUUAGACUUACAGUUAUUCUCUUGAUCAGCAACGUCUCACAACUUACUUGUCCCAACAAUGACCAGUGAUCUGUGUGUUUUUGACAAUAAGUGCUAUUACUUUCAAUUGUGAAAGCCCACUUAAAUUCCUUUUUCUUUUCAACAUAUAUUCUGAAGAGACCAGCUUACAUCAGUUGAUAUCUCUGUUUAUUUUUUAUCCUCAUGGCAGGUAUAUUGGUGGUUACAAAAGUGGAACCAACAGGACUUGGAGGGUCACUGAAUGUCACAUUUUUAUGCAAUGGAUGUCGGCUUCGAGCGGUAAACUUCAAUGGGUCUGCACUUGUGGAAGGCUCAAGAAGAACUGUUGUGGGGCUUGCACUGGCUGUGGCUUUUUUUAUCACUGGGCAUGGUUAUGCAAAAUUUUCACGAGUCUUGAGGCAGUGCCUAGGGAUUACUUGUAUUUCCAAAAAUCCCUACUUUGAGGUCAUAAAACUUGUUUAUCCGCAUGUGACAGACAUUUUAAAUGGCAUGGGUGAAGAAGAGAAAAACAACAUGAGGGCAUUAAGGAAUGAUCAACUGGGCAGCUGGGAAAAGGCAGUGGUGACUUCCGACGGAGUGUGGCACACACGUGGACAUUUCAGCAAAAAUGGGUCAUUCAUUAUCAAAAAUUAUUUGACUGGUGGAUUGUUGUGGUUUGGUCACAAGUGUAUGCGAGGCAAAGACAAUAUCAUUGAAGAAGAUUUAUUUGAGGGUACCUCAAAAUCUAUGGAAGGAAUCCUUGCAGAGGAAUGCUAUAAGCAGGCAGCAGAUGAAGGCUGCAAAGUGGAAGUUGUCUGGCAAGAUGGUGACUCAAGUGCAGCCAAGGCAAUUGCUCAGCAUCAUCCCAAUGGAAAAGUUUUUCGGUGUGGAGGACACGUAGGCAGGGCCCAUAUCAACCAAUUAAAAGAAGCUGCCAAAAAAAAAGAAUUCUCCACAGAUAUCAAAAGGAAAUAUGAGGCACAGUUUCCCUCAGUGAGAACUCUAAAAUGCAAAUGUGAGAGACAUAAAGCUGGUUGUGGGUGUCUUAGUGACAGUUUUCUUACAACUGCUCGUAUUAAUCAUUUCUGUUGUCUACAGCAAUGCGAUACUCCAGAGGAGUAUGCAAGACGGUUGAGAGCAUUAGGAGAAUAUCACUGCCGUGAUAUCCAUGAGUGGGGGAAUGGAGAUACUUGUGGCUUUCAUGACAAUACGGUCUGUUCAUGCAAAAACUGUGAAGAGGAUGAAGACAUUGAAUGUGAAGGGCAGCCAUAUAAAACCAAAGUAAAACUUACUUGUGAGUAUCACCGCAUGGCUUACCGUCUGGAAUGUGAGCACAGAGCAGCAGAUGCAAUGAGUGUUAUUCACCCUACCAUGGGCAGGGGACACUCAAACCUUUGUGAAGCCCACUUCACUGUACUGCCUGACUUUAGAGCUAAAGAUCAGAACCUUUGCAGGUAAGAUGCACAUAGAUUUUUUCUAGAAAUUCGUAAAAUGAAAAUUGCUGUAUUUCCUAGCAUUAAGUCCCAGUGACUUCUCAUUAACUGUUGAAUUCUCCUUGCAAUCUGAUGUAUAUGUUGUGGUUCAAAUUUAUCCUUGGUUUAAAUUUUAUUUUCUUUUGUUUCAAAAUCAUUAUCAUACAUUACCAUACCCAAAAACAAAAGAAAAUAAAAUUUAAACCAAGGAUGAAAUUGAACCACAACAUAUACAUGUGUAUUUUGUUGUGAAGUGUGAGAGAAUUCGACACUGGACUAAGAGUCAACUUUGGUUUUAUUCCACCUAAGCCUUCUUCAUUGGAACCUACCACCAAUAAUUUUAGUUGGAGUAAGUUGGCUUGGAUUGGUUUUGAUUAGUCAUUUAUUACUGUCUGGUUAUUGGAGAAAGACUUCCCUUAUUUCACAAUAAUAAUGGUUCCUGGUUUUCCUUUUUCUCUAUAUAUAUGUAAUGUAGGUCGCGGUUUUUGUGUCAGUAUUCUUACCAGCUGAAUGAGACUUCUCUGUUCAGUUGAAUCAAAUAAUGUUUUAAAAUGUUUGAUGUUGUGUGUACAAAAAGCUCAAUACUUUGUUUUCAAACAAGUCCUUGUAUUAAUUAUACCAAUACUUUUCUUUAGGCUGCACUAUGUGACAUCUACAAACUGUGGUUUUUGCCAAGGGAAUAUGUCUUGGUGUUUCAAAGUCCGUGGCAACAGUUAUCACUGGAUAAUUGACUUAUAUGAGAGACUGCAACUGCCUGUCAUUCCAUCAAUUGUCCAAGCACUUCAAAAGGAAGUUGAAGACCGCAUGAUGGAAAUAGAAAGAGGGAGGACAGCACAUAAAAAGCAGACAAGAAUUAGAAUGAAAGUAGCUAGAGCUGAAGAGCAGGAAGCAAGAAAAAAAUGGGUAAAACGGCAAGCAGUACAGCACACAUAUGGAGAGGAAACAAGUAUGCAAGAGGAAGAUGAAAACCCCAGCUUGGUUUCUGCAGCCAGGGAGGCCAUUGGUGGUUCAGCAGAAACUAACAAUGAAGUAACGUUGAUCAGUGGCAAAACCUGCAAGUGUGGCUCCAAUCAACAUCAACGCACCACACACUCAGCCUGUCCUCUAAACAAAAGAACUAACAAAUGA